UCUUUUUCUUUUUCUUGUUCUCCUACUCUCCCGAUAUUUUCUUCGUUCUUUUUUUUUUCUUCUUCUUCUUCUUCUUCUUCUUCUUAACCCAGAUUUCAAAUUUAGAUUUGGUAAAUCCUUUGAAGAGUCAGAUCCAAACUCAAAGGUGAAGUUCAAUACCAAGAGUUGCUUCUUCCUCCUGCAUAGUGUGUAAAUUUGAGUUAUUUUGGGGGAGAAGUUACCAAUGGCGGUCUCUGAGGAAAAUAGUGCUUUGUUCCCCAUAUUUAUAUUAACAAUCAUGGCGUUGCCUUUGGUGCCUUAUACGAUACUGAAGUUGUGUCGUGCUGCCUCUAAGAAAGCCAAGACCAUCCAUUGCCAGUGUUCUGAAUGCUCUCAUUCAGGCAAGUACCGCAAGUCCAUAUUCAAGAAGAUCUCAAGCAUCUCAACUUGCAGUAACUUGACUAUACUCCUGCUUUGGAUUGUUAUGAUUAUGCUGAUUUAUUACAUUAAAAAUAUGAGCAAUGAGAUUCAAGUUUUUGAGCCAUUCACUAUUCUUGGAUUGGAACCUGGGGUUUCAGAUUCAGAUAUAAAGAAGGCAUAUAGGAGACUCUCUAUUCAGUACCAUCCAGAUAAAAAUCCAGAUCCAGAGGCUCACAAAUAUUUUGUGGAGUACAUAUCUAAAGCUUAUCAGGCUCUGACUGAUCCCACAUCUCGAGAAAACUAUGAAAAAUAUGGCCAUCCCGAUGGCAGGCAGGGUUUCCAAAUGGGCAUAGCUCUCCCACAAUUCCUGCUAGACAUAGAUGGGUCUUCUGGUGGAAUACUUUUACUCUGGAUUGUUGGUCUUUGUAUUCUCUUGCCAUUGGUGAUAGCAGUUGUAUAUCUUUCACAAUCAUCAAAAUAUACUGGCAACUAUGUGAUGCAUCAUACAUUGUCUACGUAUUAUUACUUCAUGAAACCUUCAUUGGCUCCAAGCAAAGUUAUGGAUGUAUUCAUAAAGGCUGCUGAAUAUAUGGAAAUUCCAGUUCGUAGAACUGAUAAUGAGCCCCUUCAAAAGCUUUUUAUGCCAGUUCGAAGUGAGUUAAAUUUGGACCUGAAGAACAUCAAGCAAGAGCAGGCUAAGUUUUGGAAGCAACACCCAGCUCUUGUUAAGACGGAGUUGUUGAUUCAAGCACAUCUGACUCGUGAAUCAGCUUCUUUAUCUCCAUCUUUGAAUGCUGAUUUCAGACAUGUGCUAGAACUUGCACCUCGCCUUCUUGAAGAGUUAAUGAAGAUGGCAAUCAUACCACGCACUGCUCAGGGGCAUGGAUGGCUAAGGCCUGCAAUCGGAGUAGUUGAGCUUUCUCAGUGUAUCAUUCAGGCUGUUCCCCUUAGUGCAAGGAAGUCUACUGGAGGAUCGAGCGAAGGAGUUGCACCAUUCCUGCAGCUGCCACAUUUUAGCGAGGCUGUCAUAAAAAAAAUAUCUCGCAAGAAGGUGAGAACAUUCCAAGAUCUUCAAGAUAUGACCAUGCAAGAGCGUGCCGAGCUGCUUACUCAAAUUGCUGGUUUCUCAUCAGCAGAAGUACAAGACGUUGAAAUGGUUUUAGAAAUGAUGCCUUCUGUAACUGUUGAAGUGAACUGUGAGACUGAAGGUGAAGAUGGUAUUCAGGAAGGUGACAUUGUCACAAUCCAAGCUUGGAUAUCUCAAAAUCGUGCUAAUGGCCUGAUUGGUGCCCUUCCGCAUGCGCCCUACUUCCCAUUUCACAAGGAAGAAAACUUCUGGUUCUUGCUGGCCGACACUGUCUCCAAUAGCGUAUGGUUUUCCCAGAAGGUUAGUUUCAUGGAUGACGCUGCAGCAAUCGCUGGUGCUUCCAAGGCCAUCGAGGAGACAAUGGAGGGUUCAGGAGCAAAUGUUAGGGAGACUAGUGCUGCAGUCAGAGAAGCAGUUGGGAAAGUGAAAGGUGGGUCGAGACUGGUAAUGGGCAAGUUGCAGGCACCAGCUGAAGGGAAUUAUAACUUGACUUGCUAUUGCUUGUGCGAUUCUUGGAUCGGUUGUGAUAGAAAGACAGCCUUGAAGGUGAAGGUUUUGAGGCGCACCCGGGCUGGCACUAGGGGUAGUAUUGUAGCAGAAGAGGGACCAAUUACAGAGGACGGGAUUGAAGAGGAAGAAGAAAAUGAAGAGGAAGAGUACGAUGAUGACUACGAGAGCGAGUACAGUGAAGAUGAGGCUGAUGAGCAACAAAAAGAUACGAAGAAGAAGAAAGGCCCUGCUGCCAAUGGAACUGCCCAUAAAGAAGGGUCGAGCUCAGAAAGUUCAGGCUCGGACGAGGAGUGAUGAACACAGCUUUUAUUUGGUGAAAGAAAGAAAAGAACAUGAACAGCCGCACACCACAGCACUAGAAUUUUCCUAGUUAAGGUGCUGAUAAAAAGUUUAUUUUGGGGUCUACUUGAAGGCCGAAGCCGGCAAUAAAAAUAUUUGAUGGUUAGAGUAAAUUUGCAUAUUCAAUUUAAGGGAAAGAAUUUGGUUUAUAAUAAACAAAUUUAAUAUUGCUAAUAGUCAUAUGAAUCCCUCCAAAAUACUACUCAUAUAGUUCUUCAGACACAAUUAAAAAAAAAAAAACUAGCCCUUUGUUAA